AAACAGCAGCAAGUCAUGAUCAAUCUUUUUCCCAUAUUACAAGCAAAAGUGCAAGUUACUUGAAUCUAAAACAAAAGCCCACAAGCACAAGGCAUUUGUUCUCACUGUACCGCAACAAUACAUGAGAAACUCUUUGGUCUGAAAGCUAAUCAGAAGCUCAAAGACAGAAAUAUGGUUGAACCUGAUAAAGCACACAAAGAAACGAUCAAAACCAAACAGUCCCUCGCUAUAAGAUGCUUUAGUAGCAUGUUAUUCACAAGUCUCCAAAAUCAUUGACAUGUUUUUCAAGUCAAUAGAAUAAGAGAAGGGCCACUUGAGGGCAGGAGCAGAAACCCAAAAAAAGGAGUGGAAUACAGACAUAGCCCCAGCAGCAAGCAAAGCAAACUUUAUUUUGGCCAAUCUGCUACGACCCAUGUGCAAAAAGUGGAUGUAAAAGCAAAUAAAAUUGUGCACUGCUCAAAAACCAUCAAUCCUUUCUAUCUAAUCUUUUACUUUUCAGUCUCUAUUAUUACUAGUACAACUAAUUAUUUUUUGUGAUUUAGUGCCCAAAUUCCAGCUCCAAUGCUCUGUAAACCUUGCUGAUUAUCCACUUCAUUACAGCUAACAUAUGCAUUAUUAUAAGAUCAAUAUCUUGUAACAUAUUCCAGACCAGACCACACCAGUCAGCCCUUUUAUUAUUGUACUGAAGAUGACCUAGUGAAAUAUGUCACUUGCAGGUUUCAAUCUUUUCUUCAAUAUCAGUAGUAAUUAAAGGGAUAUCAGUACCUUUGCAUGGUUUCAAUAUAAACUGCAGACAGCCUAUUUUGAGUGCAUGUUGGCUUGGGAUUACUAGGUGGAAAAUGGGUAUCACUGGAGAGUUGGUUAAGAGUGUCUUCUCUAGAAACCGCUCUGUUGGAACUCAUGAAAGCAAUAAUAGUGUAAGUCACAAUCUUUAUCUCUACUUAUGAUUUUAAUUGUAGCUGUAAGGGUAUCUUUUUCCAACUCUCAAGUUCAUUGACGGUGCAUGGAUCACUUCAGGGUAGAAGCAGUACAGGUGACAAGAGAAGGUGGAGUGUUGUUAGAUCAUACCUCUGCGGUGAUGAGUUUAAUUCAGUUAUUGCAAAGGAAGAUUCAGCUUCAAUCAAGAGCUCAGAGGCCACAGUUACACAGCCUGUGCAAGAGGAAAUUCCCAAAGAAGAUACUGUCAAGGAAAAGCAUAAUUCAACUUCCAACUUAUUCCAGCAAGAAGAUGCGGCAAUCAUCAUCCAGUCAGCAUUCAGAAACUAUCUGGUUAGCUCAUAUUGGCAGAAACACCUUCCCUCUGCAAUUAGAUAUCUUGAAGGAAAAUGACUUUCUGAUCCUAAUAAACAUCUGUGUGCUUGAAUUACAGGCUAGUCGUCUGAGCGAAGAAAUUAAAUCAAACAAUGGUAAGGAGCCUGUUAUUGAAAUGGAAAGUCCAAGUAGAGCUUCUGUAGGCACAUCAAUCGAAGUUCAGACUGGAAAUUCCGUGGAAUUUCUGUCAGUUAAACUGGAAAAUGCGGCUGGUCAUCACCGGAUGCCAAAGAAAGCCAGAACUCAGGUUUUGAAGAUAAAGGAAGACUGGGAUGAUAGCACAGUGAGCAGCAAUAUAACCAAAAUGAGGAUUCAGAACAGGAUGGAAGCAACAAACAGACGCGAGAGGGCACUGGCUUAUGCUUUUGCACAACAGCUAAGAAUCUGUUCAAAGAGAAAACAGACGAGAUCUGAUGAUACAGAACCCAAUAUGGGUUGGAGCUGGCUAGAAAGGUGGAUGGCAACCCGACUUUCAGAAUGCUCAGUCGAAAGUCGGACAAGUAAGCCAUACGAGCCACAAAGCUGCAGUCACAGAGUGCCAGCUAGAAAGAGAUUUUUUGAUGUAGCAGAAGAAAUGGAGAGCUGUGGAUCUAAUGAGGUUUCUCUACAAUUUGAUAGCUUAUCAAUGACUUCAGCAAAUCACAAUGAUGGCUUAACAACUACCAGGAAUAGGCUCAAGUCUACAAGAACCAUAUCAAGGCGGAAAACAGCACCAAGCAACCAAUGCCUGAAAGUGCAUAGCAAGAUUAUCAAGAAAGAAUGCCAAAAGGAGAGUGAGCGAAAUAAAGAGAACAGCAACAAGAAGGAAAUCAAUUGCAAAGAUGCCUCUUCUUAGCAACUGCUUUAGGCUUUUAGCUUCUUGUAUAAUUUCUCGAGUGACUUCAUCAGCCAAGGAACUUUGUCCUACUACUUGCUGUCCAUUUCACUUGUGUGUGACUUCAAACUUCGCCUUGUAAUGGAGCUUCUUAAGAGUUAUUAUGUCAAAUUGAUAAACAUUCUAGAAUCAUAAAAUGGCAUUCAAAUGCAAUUCACUUGACCUGAGAAAUGAAAAAAUAAUAUUUGACAUGACA